AUGUGCUGUGGGAUGACCCUGCUGGAGCAGGGAGCUGGGACCAGACAACCCGCGGCGGUCCCUUCCAGCCUGGCCCAUUCUGUGCUUCAGCGCUGCCACCACUUUGGCUCAGCCAGACCCAGUCCAAGGUAUGGGACACCAGCUCAGAUGAAUGUUGAUCUGAAAGGUCGGGACCUCCUUACUCUACAGAACUACACAGUUGAUGAACUGAAGUAUUUGCUGUGGAUGGCAUCAGAUUUGAAACAAAGGAUAAAGCAUGAAGGAGAGUAUUUGCCUUUGAUGCAAGGCAAAUCUUUGGCCAUGAUUUUUGAGAAGAGGAGCACAAGAACAAGAUUAUCUGCAGAAACAGGAUUUGCUCUCCUUGGAGGACAUCCUUCCUUCCUUACAACGCAAGAUAUACAUCUGGGCACUAAUGAGAGUCUCACAGAUACAGCAAGGGUGCUGUCCAGCAUGACAAAUGCAAUCUUGGCUCGAGUUUAUAACCAUAAUGAUCUGGACCUAAUGGCAAAAGAAGCCACAAUCCCAAUAAUCAAUGGAUUGUCUGAUUUAUACCAUCCUCUUCAGAUUUUAGCUGAUUACCUAACUCUUCAGGAGCACUAUGGAGGGCUGCAGGGGCUCACCAUGGCCUGGAUCGGGGACGGCAACAACGUCCUGCACUCCUUCAUGAUGAGUGCAGCAAAGCUGGGAAUGCACCUGAGGAUUGCCACUCCCAGGGGCUUUGAACCAGACCUCAGGAUAACUAAAAUAACUGAACAGAACUCCAAAGAGUAUGGUACCAAGUUGCUUCUGACAAGAGACCCUUUGGAAGCUGCAGACAGUGCCAAUGUCUUAGUCACAGACACUUGGAUAAGCAUGGGACAAGAGGAGGAAAAAGAAAGACUAAAGGCCUUUCAAGGUUAUCAGAUUACAAUGCAGACUGCAAAAUCUGCUGCUUCCAACUGGACUUUUUUACACUGUUUACCCAGAAAGCCUGAAGAAGUUGAUGAUGAAGUAUUUUAUUCUCCACAGUCAUUGGUUUUCCAGGAGGCUGAAAACAGAAAAUGGACAAUUAUGGCUGUCAUGGUUUCCCUGCUGACAGAUUACUCACCACAGCUACAAAAACCCACAUUUUGA